CUGCCCGGUGCCCCCGGAAGGGAUGGACUCCCAGGACUCAGAGGCGGAAGGGGUGAAAGAGGAGAAGAUGGUCUUCCCGGUCCUCCUGGUCUGAGGGGUGUUCCCGGAACUAUGGGUGACAAAGGAGUGAAGGGUCCGAUGGGAUUCCCGGGAGAUUCCGGGUUUAAAGGUGAUUCCGGUCUACCCGGACUACCAGGACUUCCCGGAAUGAAAGGUGACCCUGGUCUCCCAGGAAUAGGACGUCCGGGGCAGCCAGGUCUGCCAGGUUUUGCGGGUUCAAAAGGUGAACUGGGAAUGCCUGGACCUCCAGGGCUUCCGGGAGAUCGUGGUUUACCAGGAAUUUUGGGAAUGAAAGGAGACAUCGGUUUUCCUGGUCUACCCGGUCUGCCCGGACAUAGGGGCGACAAAGGCGAUCCCGCGAAAGAAGGAUAUCCGGGACCAGAAGGCGCGCCGGGACUCCCAGGGCUUGACGGACCUAAAGGUGAUAUUGGAUAUAAAGGAGAUAUAGGACUUCCAGGAAUUCCAGGAUUACCUGGAAUUAAAGGAGAGGGCGGUAUUCCUGGACUGCCAGGACUGCCCGGAAUGGACGGCCCACCGGGUAAUCCUGGGUUUCCGGGCAAAGAUGGACUGCCAGGAUUCCCGGGAACUAAAGGAUUAAAGGGUGAUAGUGUUCCCGGACUCCCGGGACCGCCAGGAUAUGAUGGCUCACCCGGUUUGCCCGGACUUAAAGGUGACCGAGGAAUAAAUGGUUUUUCCGGAAUGGAGGGAAAGCCUGGUGUAAUGGGUUUUAAAGGCGACCCUGGCCUUCCCGGGCCACCAGGUCUACCCGGAUUGUCGGGUGAUAUAGGAUAUCGAGGAGAUAAAGGUGAUUCUGGACUACCAGGUUUACCGGGCCAACCCGGACCACCGGGUACUUCUGGUUUCAAUGGCUUACCAGGAAUAAAAGGAGAACCAGGAAUACCAGGACAUGGUUUGCCUGGACCUCAGGGAAGGAAAGGAGACCAAGGAAUAGAUGGUUUUCCUGGACUGCCAGGUCUGCCGGGCAUUAAAGGCGACAGUGGUUUACCAGGACUUCCCGGAUAUAAAGGCGAUAAAGGCUUGUCUGGUCUACCCGGAUCACCAGGAAUUCCUGGCCAACCCGGACUAAUAGGUCCCAAAGGUUUUGAUGGACCCCGAGGUCUACCGGGUCUAAAGGGUGAAUUAGGCGUUCCUGGCAUACCUGGUCUGCCCGGUUUGAAAGGUGAUCGAGCGAACGAUGGGAUGCCCGGUCUUCCCGGACUUAUAGGGCCUAAAGGAGAUCCAGGACUACCAGGUUUUCCAGCUGACAAGGGAAACAAAGGGAUUUCAGGACUCCCAGGACUUCCUGGCUUUCCAGGACUUAAAGGAGAACGAGGGAACAAUGGUCUGCCUGGCCUUCCGGGGCUUAAAGGCAAUUAUGGACCGCCUGGCUUUGAUGGACAGCCAGGUCCGAGUGGUCUGCCGGGUCUUCCAGGUGACCCUGGAGCUGAAGGUCCUCCCGGUGAUUGUGAGAAGGGACUGCCAGGACCAUCGGGUAUACCAGGACAGGAUGGAUUCCCAGGUGUGCCGGGUCCUAAAGGCGAGCCUGGAAUACCUGGGUUGCCGGAGGCCCCCCUGGAGAUUCGAAGCUUCCCGGAGUGCCCGGUCCUAAAGGAGACCGAGGAUUCAAUGGUCAGCCCGGACUACCCGGACGUGACGGUGAGACAGGAAUUAGAGGAGAUGAUGGACUGCCAGGCAUUCCCGGACCUAAAGGUGACCGAGGAUUUCCUGGACCUCCCAGUUCUGGGGAUGGAGUGCCAGGACCUCCUGGAUCUCCCGGACUUCCCGGUUUGCCUGGUUUUAAGGGCGAUAAAGGACUCGCUGGCUACCCCGGAUCACCUGGUUUACCUGGACUCAAAGGAGACCGAGGCUUUGAUGGAAUUCCUGGCAUUUCUGGUCUUCCUGUUGCACCACUUCAAAGGUGAUAAGGGAGAUCCAGGACUUCCAGGAGUUAAAGGUCCACCGGGUCCGUCAGGAUUUCCAGGUAUUAAAGGAGAAUAUGGACGACCGGGACAGACAGGUUUACCGGGUCUGCCAGGUCUACCCGGAAUGAAAGGAGAUCGUGGAAUAUCAGGGUUACCAGGGGCACCGGGAAUGAAAGGACUUAAAGGGUCGCCAGGAUAUCCGGGUCCAGCCGGAGAUUCAGGCGGAGACUAUUUAAUGGGAAUACUUCUCGUACGUCACAGUCAGUCGGCCACAGCUCCUGAAUGCCCGCAGAAUAUGCAGAAAAUAUGGGACGGAUAUAGUCUGCUGUAUAUCGAGGGCAACGAAAAGGCACACAAUCAAGAUCUCGCUCCUGAAUGCCCGCAGAAUAUGCAGAAAAUAUGGGACGGAUAUAGUCUGCUGUAUAUCGAGGGCAACGAAAAGGCACACAAUCAAGAUCUCGGCUUUGCUGGUUCUUGUCUCAGGAGAUUCAGUACAAUGCCAUUCCUCUUCUGUGACUUCAAUAGUGUUUGCAAUUACGCCUCCAGAAACGACAAGUCCUAUUGGCUGUCGACCAAUGCGCCCAUACCUAUGAUGCCGGUGGGAGAAGAAGCCAUAAGACAAUACAUCAGUAGAUGUGCGGUGUGUGAGGCACCGGCUAAUGUGAUUGCAGUCCACAGUCAGUCACUUGAUAUUCCCGACUGCCCUCCAAAUUGGACAUCGCUAUGGAUUGGCUAUAGUUUUGCAAUGCACACGGCUGCCGGCGCCGAAGGUGGGGGUCAGUCGUUGUCAAGUCCUGGCAGUUGUUUAGAAGACUUCAGAGCGACGCCAUUCAUAGAGUGUAACGGCGCUCGAGGAACGUGUCAUUACUUCGCAAAUAAGUUCAGCUUUUGGUUGACGACAGUUGAGACUCAGUCCCAAUUUGAACGACCCAUCAGUGAGACACUGAAAGCUGGAAACCUGAGGACAAAAGUGAGCCGUUGUUCGGUUUGCAUCAAAAAUACCAGUUUCUGAUUUCACUCUAAACUAUAGAUUUUAGUUAAUUUAAAGCCAAACCCACUUUCUUAUUAAAUUAUUAGCGAAAUUUUUAUUAUACUUAUUGUACAGAAAGCUUUUGUAAUUUUUAUUCAUUUUAUGGCUAAUUCUCUUCGAAACCAAUUCAUUAUUUCAAUUCAAUUCGCGAUAAACACGACAACCGUUUAUAGCAUUCAACAGUGCCUUCGAUUCACUUGAAUCUGAUUUCAAAGCAGAGAUUUAAGUGAUUUAUUGUUAAACCAAUCAGUCAUUUAUCAAAACUACACUAUUUAUUAAUUUUUUAACGAGUUUUAAUUAUUAUUAUUUAUGAAAUCAAAACCGAGUGAUAUAUGAAUUGUUUAGAUAAACAAAGCUUAAUAUAAAUCAAAUGAAAUCCCUGUGAAAAUCACUGCCGGAUAGGAAUCACUGCCAAACCGGUCAGAUAUUUAUUAAUUGUUAUUGUAAUAUAAUUCGCAUGACUUUCAAUGAUUUCACUGCCAUUUAAAUAAAAACUGAUCAGUUUUGAGUUAUAAUUAUAUAAAUAUAACAAAAGACUAGUCGUUCAUCCGAUCAAAACUCCAUUCCUAACAAUACUUUUGUUGCUUAGAAUUAAUUAAACGAUUAAAUAAAUUGCAAAAUGUUUUAA